AAGAGUUUGCCUAGAUGAGUACAUAUCUGGGCAUCUAAAGUGCAAGUGAGAAAGGAGGAAGAAGAUGACUUUGAUUGUCGCUGAGUGUCCAUCUAUCUGCUCGCAUUACUUAAGACUGAGGAAUCUGCCUUAGGCACGUCCCUCUUCCUCGCCGCUAAUGGAAUAGCAACUUGGCUCUAACGGCAGACCCAAUGCUGACUGCAACGCUACCUCUGUUGCCCAUCCUCCAACUUUCUUAACCUUGUGUCCAUUUUCCGGCAAUGGCGUUUGCGAUCAAUUUGCUCCGGUCUUAUAGGUAGCUGCCCUUACUGCUGAAGUCUUCUAUCCAUCAUCAUGGACUCGGCAGAGUCUAUACCGGAGACUGCAUGGUCAGCUCUGGACAUGCUUGCUCAAAUACCCAUAUGGGCUUGGGCACUCGGUGCGGUCAUUGGCGCAUUCGGUACUAUUGUCUUGCCUUAUAUCUUGUUACUUCUGUUGGCGCCCACACCAAGACCGCCUAGAGCUUCAGAGAAGCAAUACAUUACCGUGGGCUCCAAUGGCAAGGCAACACAACCACAAGCCCUUCCUUGUUGGUACGACAACUAUGUCGCACUCAAGGAGAUGGUGCGACAAAAGCAGAUACCGGCCGAAGAAGCCUACCAAAUCGGCGAGGCAGAAGUGUUCAUGAGUCUCGUCGUGCCUGCUUAUAACGAGGAGCAACGGCUUAGCGGCAUGCUGGAGGAGGCUGUGGAGUACUUGGAGGAGCAGUACGGUCAUCACGGCACGAAGAGCAAAAGCAGCAGUAACGGUUCCUUGCAAGCCAGUGGACGACAAGCUGAUCCCAGACGAGGCUGGGAGAUCAUCAUUGUAAGCGACGGCAGCACCGACCAAACGGUGGAGACGGCAUUGUACUUUGCGAAGACGCAUAUGCUGAACAAGCCUGCGCCAACGCCGAAAGGUCCAUGGAACGGUUCGACAAGGCCGACAAACAUCUUGCCUGGGACGAUACGAGUGGUGCGGUUGGAGCAGAACCGUGGGAAAGGUGGUGCGGUGACCCAUGGCAUGCGGCAUGCAAGAGGCACUUACGUCGUCUUCGCGGACGCAGACGGAGCGAGCAAGUUCAGUGACCUUGGCAAGCUCGUGGUGAGCUGCGAGCAAGCGAAGGACAAGCAAGGGCGUGCCGUCAGUGUAGGCUCUCGGGCGCAUAUGGUUGGCACGGAGGCAGUCGUGAAGCGCUCCUUCCUCCGCAAUUUGCUCAUGCGUGCCUUCCAUCUCCUGAUUCGCACCCUCACUACACCCCGGACGGCUAAGAUCAAGGACACACAAUGCGGCUUCAAGCUAUUCACUCGACCAUCUUUACCAUACAUCGUGCCGUUCAUGCAUUCCGAGGGUUGGAUCUUCGACGUGGAAAUGCUGAUGCUGGCCGAGAGCGCCGACAUUCCUGUGUUAGAGGUGCCGAUUGGGUGGAAGGAGGUCAUGGGAAGCAAGCUGAACGUAGUGAAAGACAGCAUUGGGAUGGCGGUUGGCUUGGCUUUGUUACGACUAUGCUGGGGUUUAGGCAUAUAUCGAAGAGAUUGAGUGAGUGCCGUAAGACGUACUUUGAGGACGGCACCGCCUAUCUCCCAGUGAUUUGUCCAUCACAAUCUCUCACCACAAUCGUGCUUGGCUCACUUGCGCCUGCUGUGCAUGGAGACCUGGACAAGG